AUGGCACCCUCCAUACCCUUAUUGAUCAUACACGGGGUCAUAGAUGAGAUUGUACCAGUUUCACACGGACAAAAACUUUAUGACUCCUACAAAUCAGAUUUCAAAAUGGCCGAUUUCCAACCAAAGUCAAUGCACAAUUAUUAUUCCGUAGAAAAUGAUAUCGUGGCUCCAAUUAAAAAGUUUUUGGAACAAUUCGGCAUCGGUGCAAAAAAUGUGGCAGUAAAUGUAGCCAUACCAGACUGGUUCUAUUACAAUUGUAGAGGGUUAGUCAAGAACCAAGUUAAAAAAAUCAAGGGAUCAUUCACGAGUAGAUCAAAUCUUACAAGCAAAACACAAGAAUGGGAGAAUGAACAAGGAGAUGUCUCCAGGACUCUCUCAGUCAAUACAAUUGACUCGUGCAUAAGUGAAGUCCCACAGAAAGAUACUACGGAGCAAAAUCUAGGAAAAUCUAUUAAUCGCAACAUUCAAACUGCAACAUUUACAUCGUCACUACACGAAUUGUGCCAAAAGAAUUCUAUACACCCAGAGGAUAUCAACGAUAUGGUCAACGACGCAAUUGUUAGAAAUCAAGGAUAA